UUCAGGAUAUUUGAUUGCUAAAGAUGCAAGGAAGAUUAAUAAACUGGUACUCGUUCGUAUUUCGUAAGCAACAAUGGCUGACAGCAUUGACAAUGUUUCCAAGAAAUUCAAGAAACAGUGGCCGAACAGGCGGUUACAGAAAGGGUUAUUGGGAUCAGAAACACUGGCGAUGGUUUGCUCGAGCUGCUGGUGCUCCCUUACUUGGCUUUUCAUUAAUGACAACAUUCAAGGAUUUAGCUGGAAUACCACCAUUUGAACUUGAUAAGGAUCCACUGAAACAUAAAAUCAAGAAAGCAUGGUUAUAUAGAAAACAGCACAAUUAUGACCAAGCAGUGAUGAUCCUGGAGGAGGCAAUGCAAAUGGCCAGUGGACAAAACAAUGAGUUAAUUGCUAGUCGAAUUAUCGACGAAUUAGCCAAUACUUAUUAUGAAAUGGGAAAAUUGGAUGAUGCAGAGCAGGCUUUCCGCGGCCUUUUGCAACGGUUAAUAAUUUUACACAAGAAACAAGAUUACGAUCCUGAAUUUAUCGAUGUGAGCCUCAAAUUAUCCGAUAUAUUUGCUCAGAAAGGCAAACUAGAUGAUGCCGAAAUUGGUUACAAGCAUUGCGCUGCCAGACAAAUGAAAGUAGUCGAGAAGCAUAUGGCGAAGUAUUCAAUAAACUAUGGUGGUUCGUAUGAUAUUCCACAAGUCAUUAAUCACUAUGGAACUGUAUUCACAGACCCUCUUGCUCUUUAUGGCCUGUGUCUCGAACAAUACGCCCACUUCAUUGUCCGAUACAGAGAAGAAAAGAGACUGGAUGAUACUGUACAACUCAUGGAUGAAGCUUUGAAGAUCUCACACCAAAUUUAUGGCAUCAAUUGCUUCCACGCCAUGAAUAUGCUCAAUAAUUAUGGUGCUUUAUUGAUUGCCAGGAACAGGUUUGAUCUUGCAAAAAAGUAUUUGGAAAUUGGUAUAGAUAGGAUAUUAUAUAUCGAUGAAUGCAACAGUCUACUACCUGGAUACUAUUGUAACUAUUCAGAAGCGCUUUAUCAUUGCGGUCAGAGAUUGGAAGCACUGCGGUAUGCAAAAAAAGCUGUCCAUUUAUCACAAUCAGAAUCAAAAGAAUUGAAGGAUUAUACAAUGAAGUUUCUUCAAGACAUGGAGAAAGAUUAUAAUCGCCAUCGAUGACGUCUGCAAGGAC